CUAGGACCAACUGGGAGGGGGGGGGCUGUACUGGGAGUGGGGUGGGGUCAUACUGGGAAUGGAGAGGGUCAUACUGGGAGUGGGGGUGUAGUCCAUACUGGGUUAUACUGGGAUGGGGGGCCGUACUUGUUUAUAGUGGUAUGGGGAGGUCCAUACUGGUAUGAGGGGGCCAUACUAGGUUAUGCUGGGGUGUGAGGGAUCCAUACUGGUUUAUACUGGGAUGAGGGCUCAUACUGGUUUGUACCAGUAUGGGAAGCUCAUACUGGGUUGAGGGGAGCCCAUAAUGGUUUAUACUGAGAUGGGAGGGUCCAUAGUGGGUCCAUACUGGGUUAUACUGGGAUGGGAGUGCCUACACUGGUUUAUACUGGGGUGGGGAAGUCCAUACUGGUCCCUCUGACUCUUCCCCUCCCCACAGAUGCCAACAAUCCCUUCCAGUACGACUGGCAUCACCUGCGUGUGGCCGGGUUGGGCGUGGCCGCCUUCCUGUGUGUCCUGGGCUUCAUCGUCCUGCUCAGUGGGAAGUGCAAGUGCCGGAGCAAGGCCAGCCACCAACGACACCCCCCUGAGAUGUCACACCUGGUUGGGACAGGAGCCGUCAGCACGUGCUGAGGUGUCCCCGAGUGUCCCCGAGUGUCCCCAAGUGCAGCGACACAUGGAGGGUGGAGGGACGGGUUUAUUUUGGGGUGGAACCCCCCAAAAACGGCCCAGCAAAUGGGGAAAAUGAAUAAAAAAGGUUAAAAAAAAAA